GUUUUCCGUCCUCGCGAUGUCGUUGAUAAAGUGCUCGAUGGCACCGUGCGGAGCGCGUGCAGCCUCUGAUCCUGAUUGCAGAUCGAUGCCUUAGAUCAUAGAGGGAAGUUUACCUCCAGCGAUCUGAGCAGAGAGGCGGAGAAUUGCACGGCGGUUUACACGUUGUACGGCAUGAUACUGUGAGGCCGCUGCAUGAGGCAGCCUGGACGGACAUGAUGGAGGAGGCUGCCAGUCAGCUCGAGAGAGACCAUGUGCACAGUGUCUAUGACAAAAUUGCUCCAUAUUUCAACGACAGUCGCUACAAAGCCUGGCCAAAGGUUCGACAGUUCCUGCUGGACCUGCAGCCGGGGAGCAUCGUGGCUGACAUCGGUUGUGGCAAUGGCAAGUACCUCCACAUCAACAAGGAGGUGUUCAAGCUGGGGUGCGAUGUCUGUCGCCCCCUGGUGGACUUUGCCUGGAGCCAAGGACACGAGGUCCAGAUGUGCGACGGGUUGCAUUUGCCUUACAGAGACGGCUGCUUCGACGCUGUGCUCUCUAUUGCAGUCAUCCAUCAUUUGUCCACCAAAGAACGUCGUAUUCGAGCAAUAAAGGAGAUGGCUCGCACCCUGCAAGUGGGCGGACGCAUCAUGAUCUAUGUGUGGGCCAUGGAACAGAAACGUCGUAAAUUUGAGAAACAGGACAUAUUUGUUCCCUGGAACCCCAACCCUCACUCGCCCUCCAACAGGGAGCACGCCAAACCCAGACGGAGAGCCACAGCUCAGAGUGUGAGCGAAGCCAUAGACAACGCUGACAAGCACAGGAAGGUUAGAAGCACAUCGUCCGUGGCAGAUGAGGAAGAUCUGACCUGUGCCACGCCACAGCAGAGCACACAGAGACUGUGGUUCUUCUCCAGGUCUCUGGAUUCUGUGUUCGACUUUGGAAGCUUAGCCAUCUCCCGGUCGUCCUCCAGAGACCUGAGCAUUUUAUCUUCGCCCACAGGGGAGAACGGAGGGAACAAGGUCAGCCAGUGCGGGAGAGGACGAGGCCUCAUUAAACAGGUUUCAAGCUUCUUUUCUCCGCCUUCUGUGAUUGGAUCAGAGGAGGACGUCUUUGACUCAGUCACAGACCUGCACAAGGGACAAAAUAAUCCUGGAGGCAACAACAACGGCACAGAAAACCAGAGCGUCUCAGUAUCUUUAGCGCAGGAGUGUGGCUCUCUAGCUCUGCCAGAUCUGGUCCCUUUCCAGAAGGAGCACCUAAAGCAGUGCGGAGAUGAAAGUGAAGAAGCGCUGCAGGGAAAAGAGCAGCAGGAAAGCACAAGGAGUCCUCAGGGGAGUGAGGGGCAGGUGGAGGGCUCCUGCCUGAGGUACUAUCACGUCUUCAGGGAGGGAGAACUGGCAGAGCUGAUAGAGAAUCAUGUGGAGGAGCUUCAUGUUAAACAAACUUACUUUGAUCACGCUAAUUGGUGUGUGGUGGCAGAGAAAGUUAAGUUGUGGAAAAUAUGAUUUUAACUUGAUUUUAUAUUGCAUCAAAUCUGCCUCAAGUUUUAGCACUGAAUCACACAUUUGACGAUUACAUUCUUGUGACUGAAAAGUGAAGAAAUAUACAGAUGUAGCCAGUGUAAAAGGAACACUGAACUACUUCACUGCUGCACAGCUGUACCUAAUAGUUAGAAAAACGUUAUUUAUUAUUAAUUUAUUAGAUUCUGGAACCAGCUGUGUGACAGAUCUAUCCACGUUUAGCACUAACUGUUGUUUUAGAUGUUACGUUGUAAUGGUUUUGCAGCAGCAGUGGAGGAUGCACAGAGGAUGGUGUUUAACAAUGGCUAAUACUGUAUAUUAUUCCACAUUUUUUAAGUAUUUAUUCUUUAUCAGUAAAUGAAACCAACAAGCAGUGUCCAGAUAUUGUGUGUGUGUGUGUGUGUGUGUUCUAUUUUAGUGCCAAGAAUUAGUUUUUAUAAUUAAACCACGGGGAGCUCCAAUGCUGCUAACGAUUUUAACUCUUUUAAAAGAGCAUUUCUGCGAGAGAUGUUAGGAAAUGCACUGUUUCUCCCUUUGGACUUUUCUGUUAGCCAAAGAGAAAUGUGUGAGACUGCGGUAAACUCUGAAAUGUUUUAAUGCAUUGACUUCUGUGGAAAAUUCUUUGUGUCUGCCUGUUUUACAAUAAUCCUUAACUCUGAAUAUGAGACAAAAUUGCAGCAAGUUUCUGCAGUGGACUUCUUAGUAAGACUUUCUGUGAACUGUUCUUGUGUAAUCUAUCAUAACACUAUCGUAAGAAGAGCUCAAAGUCGUGCAGAAUAUCUUCCAGAACAUUUGUGCAUUUGCUCGUUGCAUUUUGUUCUCCAAGUGUUUCAGAGAAUGUGUUGCCAGUGUGCGUGUGCUUGAUGUUUGUAAUCGUUGUUUACUGUCUUGUGUUGAAGUAACAAACUGAACUGUACCACUGGUAGGUUUCAGCAAAUCAACUGCCUCAUAUACUGUGAAUAAACAUUGCACUGUAACACAAUUAUGUCGCUGCUUGAUGUCAGUGAAUGACAAACUUGCUAAUAUACCCUUUGUGCCAAGGAGGGUGCGUAUCCUUAUCAGUACAGUAUGUGUGGACCAACUGUGUUUGUUCUCAAGUGACGCUGGUACCUUAAUGUCUUA